UCGUUGGCUUUCCCAAAACAUCAAGACGACUGAUUGGCCGCUGGGAAAUCUGUGAACUCCAAGGAAAGCAUCUCGCAGCUGGGAAAUCUUGACCCUCCUCCAUUGCCGAAGCUUAAUUUCCGGACACCUGAGAUGGAGACCAAGGACGGCGGCAGGAUGCACGUCGUGAUGCUGCCAUGGCUGGCCCUCGGCCACGUGCUCCCGUUCACGGAGUUCGCCAAGCGCGUGGCCCGGCAGGGCCACCGGGUCACCCUCCUCUCCACGCCGAGGAACACCCGCCGGCUCAUCGACAUCCCGCCGGGCCUCGCCGGCCUCAUCCGCGUCGUGGACGUCCCGCUGCCGCGCGUCGACCGCCUGCCGGAGCACGCCGAGGCGACCAUCGACCUGCCCUCCGACGACCUCCGCCCGUACCUGCGCCGCGCCUACGACGCCGCGUUCCAGCGCGAGCUCUCGCGGCUGCUAGAGGAGGAGGCGAGGCCGGACUGGGUCCUCGUCGACUACGCGUCGUACUGGGCGCCGGCGGCCGCGGCGAGGCACGGCGUGCCGUGCGCGUUCCUCAGCCUGUUCGGCGCCGCGGCGCUCAGCUUCUUCGGGAGCCCUGAGACGCUCCUCGGCCUCGGGAGGCACGCCAAGACGGAGCCGGCGCAUUUGACGGCCGUCCCCGAGUACGUCCCGUUCCCGACCACCGUCGCGUUCCGCGGCUACGAGGCGCGCGAGAUGUUCAAGCCAAGGAUGGUCCCGGUUGACUCCGGCGUGUCGGAGGACUACCGGUACGCCAAGACCAUCCAAGGGUGCCGGCUCGUGGGCAUCAGGAGCAGCACGGAGUUUGAGCCUGAGUGGCUGCAGCUGCUCGGCGAGCUCUACGAGAAGCCGGUGAUCCCGGUCGGCCUGUUCCCUCCGGCGCCGCAGCAAGACGUGGCCGGCCACGAGGCGACGCUGCGCUGGCUGGACGGACAGGCGCCGGGCUCCGUCGUGUACGCGGCCUUCGGGAGCGAGGUGAAGCUGAGGAGCGCGCAGCUGCAACGGAUCGCCCUCGGGCUGGACGCGGCCGGGCUGCCUUUCAUCUGGGCGUUCCGCGCGCCGACCGACUCCACCUCCGGCGGCCUGCCCGAGGGCUUCGAGGAGCGGCUCGCCGGCCGAGGAGUCGUGUGCCGAGGCUGGGUGCCGCAGGUGAGGUUCCUGGCCCAUGCAUCAGUCGGGGGGUUCCUGACGCACGCCGGCUGGAACUCGAUCGCCGAGGGCCUGGCGCAGGGCGUGAGGCUGGUGUUGCUGCCGCUGGUGUUCGAGCAGGGCCUCAAUGCCAGGAAUCUUGUGGACAAGAAGGUCGGCGUGGAGGUGGCGCGGGACGAGCAGGACGGGUCGUUUGCCGCGGACGACAUCGCGGCGGCUCUGAGGAGGGUCAUGGUGGAAGACGAAGGCGAGCAAUUCGGGGCCAAGGUGAAGGAGCUAGCCAAAGUGUUUGGAGACGACGAGGUGAAUGAUCAAUGCGUGAGAGAGUUUCUCAGUCACCUGUCGGAGCACAGCAAAAAGAACCAAGGAUAGGGCUGAAACUUUCAAAUUUCAUCAACUAUCUUUCAGUGAAGUGAAGCAUGCUACAUGCGAUUUCCAAAACCGAUCGCCAUUACAAAUUUACAACCCCAUAAACCGUGCUACUCCUUUGAUAGGAAAAUUGAACAAGGGGGUGUGUAGUGCGUACAACCAAAAGGUCAAAAUUAGCGGGGUCCCUUCCAGCCAAAAUUUCCACAUCGCAGGAAGGUGCCCUAGGACCGUGGCGAAGGAUAGUUGUGCCACGGCAUCCUUCUUACCAAGUGACACAACAUUGUUGUCGAAUGUUUAUAUUUCAAUAGCUUGCUGUCUUUAUCCCCAUGCAUCAAAAGCUUUAUGUUUUUGGGGACCA